AGCCUCCUUUUUACUUUUCUUUUCCUUCUAAUAUUUUUUUUAUAUAUAUAAACACACUUGGUGAUAUAUAGGAAGAAGCUUCAAGAAUAAUUGCAGAUCUCCAACUGGUCUUAGGGAACGAGAGAGAAAAGAGAAGAGAGAAGAUGUUGGAAGGAAAAGCUUUGAUUGAGGACACAGAUAUGCCGGUUAAGAUGCAGAUACAAGCCAUGGCUGCUGCUUCUCAAGCUUUGGAUAUCUAUGACGUCUUUGAUUGCAGAUCUAUUGCUGCCCACAUAAAAAAGGAGUUUGACAAGAGAUAUGGACCCGGUUGGCAAUGUGUUGUGGGAUCAAAUUUUGGGUGUUUUUUCACUCAUUCAAAAGGAACUUUCAUCUACUUCACUCUGGAGACUCUCAGUUUCCUCAUCUUCAAAGGGGCCACUUCUUCUUCCUCCUCACCGUGACUCCAAGACAGAGCAUUCUUUUAACAGCAAAGAAAGUUGGAGAAAAAGAAAUGAAAUGAAAUGACCUUUCUUUCUCUUAUUUUUCCUGAACCGGUUGAUGAUUGGGUAGACAAAAUUGGACAGGGAGACUAGAGAAAAAAGGAGGGCAUUUGACACUUUACGGCAAGUACCCACAUGGUCAUGUGGGGGCUUAGCUUAGGCUUUGUGAAUAAAAAGCUUGUAGUGCUUCUUUUAGUGCAUUUCAAAUUGUCUUCUCUGUUUGUAUAUAUUGAAGCUUUAACUAUCAUCCUAUGUUAAUUAGUGUUCCAA